UGCAGAAGAAGAAAUCCUGCUCCCGGUACGGGUUUAUUUUUCCUACUCGGAGAAUGAAACUGCGAGAUCCCAGUUUCCAAUAUGAGAGAAAAACCACCUGUAUGCACUCGGAGUGUCCGUCACACAAUCUGACGGGUCACAGUCUCUGGCGGAACACCGGCCCGGUGCGCGGUCCCUUUAAGCCGGCCCGGAAGUCACCGCAGCGUGUUGACGAAACGCUGACAGCAGCAGCGGAGGUUUUUAACCGUCUUCGUUGUGUAAGCAGGUGAUAAAGUGGCAGUGAUGUCUGGCUCCAAGUGCUGCCGGCUGAGCGGGCCGCGGGUGAAGCCGCUGCUGGACUCGGUGGACUGCGUCCUGUUCGACUGUGACGGGGUCAUCUGGAGGGGAGACCAGGCCGUCCCCGGCGCCCCGCGGGUCGUUCAGCUGCUCAGGGAACACGGCAAGAAGGUCUUCUUCGUCACCAACAACAGCAGCAAGACCAGGACGAUGUACGCCGACAAGCUGCGCCUGCUGGGCUUCGAGGCGGCGGCGGACGAGGUGUUCGGGACGGCCUACUGCUCCGCCGUCUACCUGAAGACCGUCUGCGGGCUGCGGGGGAAAGUCUAUCUGAUCGGCAGCGACGCCAUGCGGCAGGAGCUGGAAGCGGUGGGCAUCCAGCAGACCGGCGUGGGACCGGACCACAUCUUCGGCAAGCAGGCCGACUGGGCCAACGUGCCGCUGGAUCCGGACGUGAAGGCGGUGGUGGUCGGGUUCGAUCAACAUUUCAGCUACAUGAAGCUGAACCGAGCCCUGCAGUACCUGAGCCAGCCGGACUGUCUGUUUGUGGGAACCAACCGGGACACCAGGCUGCCCCUGGAGGGAGGAAAGGCCGUCCCAGGUACCGGCUCACUGCUGAAGGCUGUUGAGAUGACAGCCCAGCGCCAUGCCCAAACGGUGGGCAAACCCAACAGCUUCAUGUUCGACUGCAUUGCUUCCCAGUUCAACGUGGACCCCAAACGCUGUCUGAUGAUUGGCGACCGCCUCGACACAGACAUCAUGUUGGGGACUAACUGUGGUUUGAAGACACUCCUCACCCUCACUGGGGUCAGCACUCUGGAGGAUGCUGAAGCCCAUCAGCAGAGCGGGUGUGCAGAGAGGCAGGGCAUGGUGCCUGAUUACUAUGUGGACAGCAUCGCAGACCUCCUUCCUGCUCUGCAGGAAUGACGCCAUCCAGAAUGUAGAGUGGAAGUCAGUAUUCUGUAAUCAUCUGUUUAAAUGGACAAUCAGAUGGAGGGGGGACAAAGCUUUAACUGUAGGGGUGUUCUUACUUUUAAAAUAACCUUCAUCUUUCACCUCAUCGCUGAUAAAAUUUGCUUAUUUCAAUGUUGGGACUCGAUAUCCAAGAACAAAAACUUACUGUGUGUGCAUAUUUCUGUGUCUGGGGCGGGCGUAUUUUAAAGACAUGCUGUUUGUGCAAUAUUUUGAGCAACUAAAAGUCAACACUGAGAAAAUGGGUACAUAUUAACUUAAGAGUUUGGCAACACUGGUGCAGGCUUCCAGUUUCUGGAAUUGGACUAAGAUGCACUGAACUGUUUUUUUUUUUUUUUUUUUUUUUUUUUUUUUGCUAAAGCUGAAUUGAAAUUAGUCGAUCAACAGAAUGCUGCAUUUUAUUUUAGUGGAGUUCUGCUUUAAGGGGUUUACUGGUUGUAUGUUUCUAGUUUUCAGUAGUUGAUAAAUCCAGUGUAACCAGAGCCAUUAAGAGAGUUGUGCCAUGGAUGGAUUACAUAGACUUCAGUUGAGUUCCAGGGAGCACUUGGUGGGCAAAGCGUCUGCUGAACUAGUUUCUUGUUUUGAUUUCUUCAAUGUUUGGGGUUACCACAGCUGUGAUCUGGCGUGGAUCAGCACAUGGACAUGUUUUACACUGAUGCCCUUCCUGAUGCAGCUCCCGGUGAACACAUAGACUGGUGUAUGGGUGCCAUCCAACCACUGCUGGUAAGAGCUAGUUUUGAUCUAUGGGUGUUUUUGUACGUGGAAUGCCAGAGUUCCAAGCCAGAGGGUUCAAGUGGAACACCCUGAAGUCAAAACGCCAAGUUGGACAUUCAGACCAAACUCAAUUCCAAACUUUGGAUUCUGACACAGUUACCGCAGGCAUGGUGGCGAUCCGGACUCAGCGGUAAAUGGAAUGCGCCGUUUAAACAUCUUGGCCUUUUGAAGUACAUCACAAACUAUUCUACUGCAACUCUACGGCACUGCUAGCAUGUCCUGCUAACUUCCACAAUCCAUCGGAGAUUGAUGCGACCGUUUUCCUCAAUGACGCGGACUAUAACAAAGUAUUUAAGUCUGUUUGCUGCACAUGCACACGAUGACAUCACUUCUGGUUUCACCACUUCCUGCUUUGUUUGGGAGGGGGAAGGAAGAUGAAAGUCUCGCACAGCAAUGUCCAAAAAUAAUGUGUCCAUUUACUUAGUUAAAUGUUAAAAUAGGAUAUGAAUGAUUGUGUAAAGGCUGAGUCAAUUAAAUAUACCUUCAAAGUACUUACAAGCCACGCCCCCACUGUAAUAAUGCGAGUUAAAUCAGCAACAGCGAAAAGAGUUCAGGAAUUUGUUUAGAACAGCUGUUACCAAAUGAUAAUGUUAAUUACAUUGAUUAUUUUAAUAUAACUAAGAAGGUAUUUUUGGCUGCUUGUCACAAACUAGCGAAAUAAACUUGAACCAUUUGUUCAAAUCAAUUAAUUGUAAAUUGCCUCAGAAUUAAUGAUGGGCUUUUUAUUAACCAUUAAAAAAGGUUAAUCAUUAGAUGCAGCCUUAAUUUUUUUAGAUUUCAUCUAAUGGUGCUACUUUGUACGCUUAAAGGGGAAGUGCAAUGCUCACUGAUAAUAUUUUAUUAAAAUGAUCAGCAGAGUGAAUUCGGUAAACUGCUCCUUCCACUGGAUGAAUUGUGUUUAACUCUAUUUGGGUUUGGUUACGUGCAGAUGACAGAUUUUGUUGUUUGCAUUAUACAGUCACCAUAAAGGCACUUGUCUUC